CACAAAUCAAAAAACAGAAGCGAUUUAUUUUACCUGGUGAUUUGAAGAUGUUAUCCCGAAAAAGAAAACAUGCCUCUCCUGAUGCUGAAAGUAACCCAUCUAAGAAACAAAUAAUAAGCCCGAGAAGGACAACUCGACAAAAAGAGAACAUUCCCAUCUCGCUGACAUCACCCCAAAAAAUUCUCAGUACACCUAAGAAGAUGCAGAGGACCUCUUCACUAGAAUCUCCUCCAAAACGGAUCUCGCCACGCAAAACAGUAUUAGGAGCAAAAUCUUUCUACAGCAAGCAGAAGCCCCUGUAUCUCACACCUCUUGAAAGGAAACUGUUGAAGGAAACCAAGUCAGCCCCUAGCAAAGAGCCAUCACACCCCCCUUCAACUGCUGAGAAUCCUGUUAAAAAAACAGUGAGGAGGGUUCAGAAGAAAAGCAGCGUCACUGGUCCACAGUCUAACCUGAAAGGUUACUUUACUGCUAAACCCAAAGGGAAAAGUCCCUCUGACACACAGACUGAUCAGUCGUCAAAGGUCACGUUUCCCCCCAUUUCAUUUAGCUCUAUGAAAUCCAAGGGUAAACCCAAGCUUGUUGUGGGAGCAGCUUUCUUCAGCACUGGAAAAAAGGCCAAUUCAUUGUACAAGAAGUCUGCACAGAACUCAAAGCCUAAACAGCUCUCAACUUACGAGAAACCCAACUCCCAGAAACCCGUGAAGAAGGAAGUGACGUCAGCACCAGGAGAGCGUUCCCCAGUCCGCCGUGCCGUCUUCUUAAAAAAACACCCGGAAGUGGACAACACAACCAAAGCUACCAAUGAUGAAGAUGCUGAGAGCAGCGAGUCAACACAAGUGCUGAUAAGUCCCGAGAAUAUGUCUCCUCAGGUCCUGGCUGAUUUGCAUGGUAUUACCAAAGAUUUAAAGGUGAUUUUGAGGAGAUCCGUCAGCCCAAACAAAUCCUUUGAAGCUGGUAGCCAGGACUCACCCGCAAAAACUGAUUCAGUGUUUGAUGUGAGUGACAUUCCAUCAGAACACAACAGCUCUCAUGACGAUGAUGAGUCAACUGUAUAUCCUAUCUUUGGCACUAAAAGAUCUCAUAAAAAAGGAAUUUUGUCACCACCACUGAACACCAGCACUCCUGCGCUGACUGGCACUCCUGCUUUUAAGGCCAAAGAGAGAAGUGCUUUGAGAAGAGAGAUGAAGAAGCAAACGGAUAACCAGCUCAUCAUUGAUGCUGGUCAAAAGCAGUUUGGCGCUACUUCAUGCGGGUCCUGUGGGAUGCUGUACAGUACAGAUAGUCCCGAGGACAACUUCCAGCACACGCAGUUCCAUCAGCGCUUCUUGGACACCAUUAAGUUUGUGGGUUGGAAAAAGGAGAGGGUUGUGGCAGAGUUCUGGGAUGGAAAGAUUAUUCUUGUUCUUCCUGAGGAUCCAAAGUAUGCCACAAAAAAGGCAGAGGACGUGAGACGGAUCGCAGACAGCGAGUUGGGCUUUCAGCAGAUCACACUCAGUAGCCCGAGCUCGGCUAAAACCUACCUGUUCAUUAACAGUGACAGGAUGGUUGUGGGAUGUCUGGUGGCUGAGAGUAUUAGACAGGCCUUUCGUGUGCUGGAGCAGCCAGAGAAACCCAAAGACAUGAACAAGGAGGAUUUCAUGGAGCGCCACAGAGCCUGGUGCUGCUCUACCGUGCCGGAAAAAGCCCUCUGUGGCGUCAGUCGCAUCUGGGUCUUCAGUCUGAUGAGGAGGAAGGGCAUCGCCACUCGCCUUCUGGACACUGUCAGGAAUUCUUUCAUGUACGGGAGCCAUCUGACCAAAGAAGAAAUCGCCUUUUCUGACCCAACACCAGAGGGGAAGCAGUUUGCUACAAAAUACUGCCAGACACCAACAUUUCUGGUGUACAACUUCAUCAGUUAAAGGAAAAACAACUACACUUGGUUUUAGGUUGACUGCAUUUGUUAAUGCUUUUGUAAGUUUUUUCAGAGUUUUUAAUAGAUUAAAAAAAAAAAAUUGUUAUACGUUCAAGUCUAGUUCAGCCUAAUAUGAUAAACUUCUCAUUUUACUGUGUUUUAGAGACUGAUGUUUUGUCUUUAAUGCUGAGUUCACGAAUUCAUAUUUAAGGCACGGUUUACUUCAGCACAAAUACUGGCUGAUUAUUGUAAGCUAGCAAGUCCUAAAGGUUCCUGUUUGGAAAAUUAGGCUGUCAUAUUUCCUAAAAGUUGGUUGUAAAAUGAGCAAAAAAACGUUCAGUUGAACUGCUCCUUGCUGUGUACAUAUUUUUUUUAAAUAAAUGGUCUUGUUCAUA